GAAAGCAAGACACCUCAAAACAUUCUUCAAACUGGCCAAUGUGUUGUAAACCUCCCGGAUGAUAGCAUGACUCAUCACUUGUUAGCCAAUGCAACUGGCACUGAACACCCUUCCGCAUCAAAGUUAGAUAGGGGAUACCGCUACGUUAAAGACAAAUGGGCCUGUGCGCAACUCAACCCUCAAAAGUCUGAUCUUGUUCGCCCGAGCCGCAUCUUGGAGUGUCCUGUUCAGAUGGAGUGUGAGUUAGCAGAGGCUCAUGAAACUAUGAAGGAUUACCCUGAUUUGAAGGGUGCCAUUGUUGCCAUUGAGCUCAAAGUUCUUCGAACUCACGUCGUGGAUGAAAUUCGGAUGCCUGGGUAUCCAAAUCGAAUCGACCCCGACCACUGGAGGCCCCUCAUCUCGUCUUUCCAGGAAAUUUAUGGUCUAAGCGGCAGUAAACUAUCAAAGAGCAGACUGGGAAAGAUUGAAGAGGAAAAGUAUCGCAAUUUUACGCGAAGCAAACUUGUUAAAUUUCUAGGUGACAGAGAUAAGGAAGAUGUUGAAGAUCGUUAUUCGCAGACAAACGGAAAGCUUGAAAAUUAA